AUGGAGAGUCAAAGAGAAGGAAAACAAGUGGAUGGCCAUGAUGAUCAAGAACUCAAAACCCCUAAUCUCUUGCUAGAUCUAAGCCUCUCCAGCUGCAGCCAAGUUCAAGAUCUUGAUCCAGACGAGUCGGUGAUUAAACAUCAAGAACCUGCAGAUCAUAAUCUCAAUCUCAUGAUCAACUACUUAGAUGAUGAGAAUGAUCAUACAUAUUCACCAAGAGCUAACAACUCAUCCGAGCCUCGAGUCUUCUCAUGCAACUAUUGCCAAAGAAAAUUCUACAGCUCACAAGCUCUCGGAGGCCACCAAAACGCUCACAAACGAGAGAGAACCAUCGCGAAACGACGACAAAGGAUCGGAUUCAUGGACUCAUCCUCAUCCUCCUUCAUGGACCAAAACCCUAGCAUGGCUUCUCUUCCUUUGCAUGGCUCAUACAAUAGGUCUCUUGGAAUCAAGGUCCAUUCCAUGAUCCAUAAGCCUAGUCAAGUUACUUAUAAUUUCUCCUCAAAUGGUUUUGGUCAUUUAGUACCGUCACUACAACAAAACAGGACAAAACCGACCGUCUACAGGCCUCCUGUUAUAGGCCGGCUGGCGCAACCACCGGAGAAUAGUUACCACCUUGUAGCACCGCCGUCUGGCGGCGGUGCUGCUAGGUUUGAUAGUGUGUGGAAGUUUUCUCCGGGAGGGGACGGUGGUAGAGGAUAUAAUAGGUGUGAGAGUGGGAGCCUUUUGAAAAAGACAAAUCAUCAAGAGGAUUUUCAAAAGCUAGACUUGUCCCUUAAACUUUGA